AAUAGGGGAUUUAGGGAUGCAAAAGCUGCGUGGUUACCGUCCUUUCCGCCUAUGCCACUACGCCGGUGUCCACUGGCGGAGCUUUGUUGGGACAGGGGUGGCGUGGGUAAAAUGACUAAAAUGGCCUUGUUAAAACUCAAAAAUUACAACAAUAUCUAAACCUAAUUGAAUUUUCUCUUUCUUCCUGUCUAUUCCAGCCUUCCUCUCUCCCUUCUCCAGAUUCAGAUUCACGAAUCAGUACAAACGCGCGGCCGCCUCACUCUGCCUCUAGUCCAGAUCGCUCAUCUGCUCGUGGCGGGCCUGCGGCCGCCUCUGCCUGACUGCCUCUGUGGCCGUUCGUCGCUCUCUGUUCGCCGCAACCUCAUCUUUCUCCAGAUCGCGUUUCUGUUUUGUUCAAAAGGUGUUUGAAUUUUGUUGCAUUUUUGUUUGAAUUUUUCAGUUUAUCUUUAUAUCGGCCACCCCAAGCUUUUCCGGCAAGCUCCGCCACUGCCGGUGUCAUAAGUAACCACCACCAUGCAACUACCGCCGAUACGAAUUCGGGUGCCGUACUCCGGCAUCUUUAGAGCUGCCACUCGCCGUCCUUUUCUCUCAACUACAUCGCCAACACCAACACCAACACGCUUUUCACUUGCCAACUCCACAUCAACUACCCUUCGCCUUUCAUCCUCUUCACCCGCUUUCGCUGUGCCGUUUUUGCACAGACAAAGUUCCACUUAUGUUUCCUCUGAUGACGAUUCCGACCUCGAUUCCGCUUCUUCUCAACAACAGUUGGGUAAUUCCACUCUAGAAAACGUUGAUGCAUGGAGAUCAAAACUCAACACGCUUCUUCGCAAUAAAGAUGAACAAGAAGUUGUGUCCAAUGACAAAAAGGACUGUCGUGAUUUUCACCAACUUGAAGCUUUAGCUAACAGGAUGGGUUUAUAUAGUCGACAGUAUGCAAAAGGCAUUGUUUUUAGCAAGGCACCUUUGCCAAAUUACCACCCUGAUCUCGAUGAUAAGCGUCCGCAGCAAGAGGUAAUCUUACCCAUGUUGGAUGUAUCACUUCUUCGCUUCAACGAGCUCGACCCAUCUUCGAAAAGUACCCGAGUUUGCAACGGGUUGUUGAUGGGUUUGUUCAAAUCAGGUCGUACUACUGAUGCUCUUCACAUUCUCGAUCAGAUGCUUGAGCUGAAUUCUGAGUUUCCUCCUGAUGAUUUCACCGGUGAAGUUGUUUUUGGGGAGUUGGUGAAGAGGGAGCGCCCCGGAAAAGGACUUGCUGAUGAGGAAAUUAUGGGGUUGGUUACUAAGCUUGGUGAACAUGGAGUUUUCCCUGAUACGUUUAAGCUUACUCAGUUGAUAUCCAAGCUGUGUGGGAAACGGAAGAACUGUGUAGCGUGGGAACUUUUGCACGGUGUGAUGAAAUUGGGUGGUCCAGUUGAAGCUGCAUCUUGCAAUGCCUUGUUGACAGGGCUGGGAAGGGAAAGAGACAUUCAGAAGAUGAAUAAACUGUUGGCAGAGAUGGAAGAAUUGAAAAUACGGCCCAGUGUUAUAACCUUUGGGAUUCUUAUUAAUCAUUUGUGCAAGGCUAGGAGGAUUGAUGAGGCGUUGGGGGUGUUUGAUAAAUUGAGAGGUAAAGGAGAAAAGAACAGGAAUGGUGUUGAACCUGAUGUGGUCUUGUAUAAUACUUUGAUUGAUGGACUUUGUAAAGUUGGGAGGGAAGAAGAUGGUCUGAGCUUGUUGGAAGAGAUGAAAACUGAGAAGAAAAAUAGGCCAAACACUGUUACAUAUAAUUGCUUGAUUGAUGGGUUCUGCAAAGCUGGCAACAUCGAUAAAGCACGCGAGCUUUUCGGUCUGAUGAACGAGGAAGGAGUACAGCCAAAUGUGGUCACCCUCAAUACAUUGGUUGGUGGUAUGUGCAAAAUUGGAAGGGUCUAUAGUGCAGUUGAGUUUUUAAAUGAGAUGAAAGGGAAGGGCCUGAAAGGAAAUGCUGUUACUUAUACUGCACUGAUAUCUGCAUUCUGUGGUGUGAACAAUAUUGAUCAAGCCAUGCAAUAUUUUGAUGAGAUGUUGAGUUCUGGAUGCUCACCGGAUGCAAUUGUUUACUAUAGUUUGAUAUCUGGUUUAAGCAUUGCUGGAAGGAUGGAUGAUGCCAGUGUUGUUGUGUCGCAGUUGAAACGGGCCGGGUUCGGUCUUGAUAGAACUUGCUACAAUGUUCUCAUCAGUGGAUUCUGUAAGAAGAAGAAGCUGGAACGAGUUUAUGAAAUGCUUAACCAAAUGGAAGAAACUGGGGUUAAGCCCGAUACUGUCACAUAUAACACUUUGGUUUCUUACCUUGGCAAAGCUGGAGAUUUUGCAGCUGCUAGUAAGGUGAUGGAAAAGAUGAUAAAAGAGGGUCUUAAGCCCUCUGUUGUCACAUAUGGGGCAGUUAUACAUGCAUAUUGUUUAAAGAAGAAUGUUGAUGAGGCCAUGAAGAUUUUUGAGGAAAUGUGUUCUACAUCUAUUGUUCCUCCCAACACUGUGAUAUACAACAUCUUAAUAGACGCUUUAUGCAAAAUUAACAAUGUUGAAAAGGCUGUUUCUUUGAUGGACGACAUGAAAGUAAAGGGGGUUCGGCCUAAUACAACCACAUACAAUGCUAUUCUUAAGGGGGUUCGGGAUAAGAGAAUGCUGCACAAAGCAUUUGAACUUAUGGACAGGAUGGUGGAAGAUGCUUGCAGUCCUGACUAUGUAACCAUGGAGAUUCUUACUGAAUGGCUUUCUGCUGUUGGUGAAAUAGAAAAGCUGAAACUUUUUGUUGAAGGAUAUCGGGUCCAAAAUGCUGUUGAAUAUUUGAAGAUCAUCGGUGCCUUAGAUGAGAAUGAAAAUUUGACAGUUCUUGGGCGCAAGUUGUCGGUGCUUCCCGUAGAGCCCAAGCUUGGCAAGAUGCUCAUCUUGGGAGCUAUUUUCGACUGUUUGGAUCCCAUAUUGACUGUUGUUGCUGGGCUUAGUGUGAGAGAUCCAUUUGUUAUGCCUGCUGACAAGAAGGGGCUUGCAGAGUCUGUCAAGGCCCAGUUUGCUGCUCGUGACUAUAGUGAUCAUCUUGCACUUGUCCGGGCCUAUGAUGGUUGGAAAGACGCCGAAGCACAGAAAGCUGGUUACGAGUACUGUUGGCGAAAUUUUCUUUCUUCUCAAACACUUAGGGCUACUGAAUCUCUUCGAAAGCAAUUCUUUCACUUGCUCAAAGAUAUUGGUCUGGUUGGCAACAAUUCUGAAACCAACAAUAAAUGGCGUAAUGAGGUGCAUAUGCUUCGGGCAGUUAUCUGUGCGGGUUUGUUUCCUGGAAUAUCCUCUGUUGUGAACAAGGAAAAGUCAAUAGCAUUGAAAACAAUGGAGGAUGGUCAGGUUCUUCUGUAUGCUAACUCAGUAAAUGCUGCGGUACCCAAAAUUCCAUACCCAUGGUUAGUGUUUAAUGAAAAGGUUAAAGUGCAUACAGUAUUCCUCAGGGAUUCAACGGCCAUAUCUGAUUCCAUGCUGCUCUUAUUUGGCGGGAACAUAUCCAAAGGUGGACUAGAUGGGCACCUGAAAAUGUUGGGAGGGUAUCUGGAAUUUUUCAUGAAACCAGAGUUAGCCAAGACUUAUUCAACUUUAAAGAGGGAACUGGAGGAACUGAUACAGAAAAAACUUCUGGAUCCAAUGUUUGAUUCACAAUCGCAAAAUGAGCUUCUUUCAGCUGUAAGAUUGUUGGUAUUCGAGGACCAUUGCGAUGGCCGAUUUGUUUAUGGUCCACAAAUUAAGGCAACAAACUCCAAAAGUGGUGUUGAAGUCGAGGGUGACAAUUCUAAAAAUCAGCUUCAAACAUUUCUUAACAGGGCUCGACAUGGAUUACCAACUUACAAAACACAACAGCCGAAAAACAACCAAUUCCGUUCUACUGUCAUAUUCAAUGGCUUGGAUUUUGUUGGCCAGCCAUGCAACAGUAAGAAACUAGCAGAAAAAUCUGCUGCUGCUGAGGCUAUGCUAUGGUUAAAAGGGGAUAGCCAUUCAUCUGGUGAUAUUGACCAUGCAUCUGUGCUUUUGAAGAAAAGCAACAAGAACAGUAGGAAAAAAUCAUUUAGUGGCAGUUAAAUAGAGUUGAAUUACCUUUACAAUACCUAUGUUGGGUAGAUUUGUUUGAUGGGGUCCUACACCAAGGCUUGUCUACUGUCACGGUGCAAUGGAUUCGGGGAUGAUUUCAACAGCAAGUGUACAGAGCUAUUAGCUAGGGAUCUUGAAUCUGAAAGGUAUAGGUCUGAGCCCUUGUUUUUGAAACGGGUGAUUGUAUCCAAAGUCCACCUAAAUUUGGAGCACAUUUCAAGAAGUGUAUUUCUACAAUUGCUUUUGACUAAAUCUGACCCAGAGCAUAGUCUGCUGGCUGAGCAGCUAUUGUAAUAAUUUAUGAAAACUAGUGGGAGUAAACAGAAAAAAUUCAUAUCCACAUGCUAAUGAUGUGUUCGGUUCUGCAUUGCUCUCGUGGGCAGAGAAAUAUACUUUACGUGGGGAUUGACUCGGAAUACUUUAAAGAGCAUUUCUAAGAUGUUGUAGUUGCUUACAUGAUCAAGCCAGCUGAUCAUCUAGUUAUAAUAUAGAAUAUGUAUUUACAAUUACAAUUAUUUUUACACUCGAGCUAAGAGGAUUACGGUGUUUGUUACACCUCCUGAGAUGGAUUAUUUUCAUGCUGAUGUCUUAAGCUAUAAGAGAUAACUUAUGAAUAUGGAGAUCAAUUUUGAUUUGAUACAAUUCAAUAUCUGAAGAAAAACAAGAGAACUCAUUUGGUCUCAA